CGCGGUUGCGACGACUUCAAAAAGGGGUGCCAAUUUUCAGCAGCACAUUUCGAAACUUCGCGCGCGACUCUGUAAAUCUUGAAUUAGUUUAAGUUCGGUUCAAUGUUUUGUGAAGACGUCCUGUGAAUGAAGAUGCGUUCGUACCGAGCAAGAAUGUUAGGCUACACCUCAGCUUUAAUAUUUUUUCUCACAAUACGUAGUUUGCCAGGAGCAACUGGACAGAACAACGUACUACUAUCCAAUUCCAAUGAAAUCCCUGAACAAAGUCUGGAAAAUGUCGAAGAUUUGCCGGACAUUGUUCUAGACGAAGAACAACUAGAUAGAGUAGGGAUGUUUUUAACCAAAUUACUCCUUGUGCCAUGGCCCGAGGGAUCAAGUCCCUUGCUCUAUAUUGAGAAGGACGACGAUCAAGUAGUAAGAUCAGAAUUGGACGACGUGGGUGACGGAGGGACCUUAGAGCUGGAAGAUCCGGGUCUCAGGGCGAAACGAACGAGGUACUAUAGAAAAUAUCCUUGGAAAAGGCAAAAUAAUAGAUAUGAGCCGUCUUACGUAUGUACCCCGAAGAAAGAUGACGUUUUUCGUCUUCUGAUGGCACUGCAUGGCGAACGGAACGGCCAGAGAGGUCAGUUUGUCGAUUUCUGUAAUAGGAAGAGGCCGGCCACUUUUGUGUUUACGAAUAUACGAUUCCUUGGCUGAAGGCAAUAAGGCAGUUGUCACCGUCGAACGUGACUGGAAACUGUAAUAACGGUCUUAAGUGUAAUAUAUCCCGAUGUGUUUGGGGAGCUAUUAUUCGCGUCGACGGCAAACUCUAAGUGUACUGAUGUUCUUUUAAUUAAGUUCGUUAGAUGUCUUUUUAUAUAGACACGAAGCAAUUUGUUUGGCGAUUAUAUUUUCGAGGCGACUAUUUCGACGUUAGCAAACCACCAUGGGACAUUACCACCAUAAAUCUUACCAGCUCGUAAAUUUUGAGUCAUUCCCGGGUACU